GCGGCGGGGCGGGGAGGGCGGCAUGGCGGAGCUAGGCGCCCACCUGACGGCCGAGGCGGCCGGUGACGACCGGCCCUCCAUCUUCGAGGCUGUGGCCCAGGACAGCCUGAUGGCGGCCGUGAAGCCCGCCCUGCUGCACCUGGUCAAGGUGCUCGCUGAGUCUAAUCCUGGCCGGUACGGCCUCCUCUGGCGCAGGUUUGAUGAGAUCUAUGUCCUUCUGGAUUUUCUGCUCCAGCAGCACUACCUGGCCAGGUGCAGCGCCUCCUUUUCUGAGAACUUUUAUAGCUUAAAGAGGAUACCGACAGGAGAUUGCAAACAGCAACCUUUGGCCACUGCUGGCCUGCCAAAGAAGCAGCACUGGAAGUCUCUCCUGCUGCUGAUUCUUGUUCCUUACCUAAAAGGAAAGCUAGAGAAGCUCGUGUCCAGCCUUAGGGAAGAGGAUGAGUACUCCAUCCAUCCUCCAUCAUCCUCCUGGAAGCGUUUUUACCGAGCCUUUCUAGCUGCCUACCCCUUUAUAAACAUGGCCUGGGAGGGCUGGUUUCUGAUCCAGCAAUUGUGCUACAUCCUCGGGAAGGCUCAGCAUCAUUCCCCCUUGCUGCGGCUGGCUGGCGUUCGCCUGGUGAGACUGACUGCAGAGGAUAUCCAGGCCCUGGAGAAGAAACUGGCUGUAGCAGCCUCAAGUCAAACACACAGCAUUAAAACACAAGUGCAGUCAGCAGUGAGGAAAGCUUUGGGUGGCAUCGCCUUCUCGCUGUCCACCGGCCUGUCUGUGUGUGUGUUCUUCCUCCAGUUCCUGGACUGGUGGUACUCCUCUGAAAACCAAGAAACUAUCAAAUCUCUGACAGCGCUCCCUACUCCUCCACCCCCUGUGCAUCUCGACCACGGGGUGGACUCAGCUCUCCUACCCAAAUUGAAGACAGUGUGCCCUCUGUGCCGCAAAGUCCGAGUCAAUGCCACAGCCCUCUCCACGUCUGGCUUUGUGUUUUGCUACCGUUGUGUGUAUAAUUAUGUGAAGACUCACCAGCGCUGCCCAAUUACAGGCUAUGCCACAGAGCUCCAGCACCUUGUCAAACUGUACUCUCCUGAGAGCUGAAAGAGCUGCCCAAUGCUUCAGAGAUCUCUGAGGAUAGUGGCUGGGUAGUCAAUGUGGUGCUGUACUGCUGGGCAGCUGAACACUGCUCUCUGACUGCCUAAAAGAAGGGGAGAAAGUAACAGUGGAAAAGGGCUCAAGGGUUGAGCUGCAUGUGGAGGUCUGCUCCUACUCACCUCUGAAUGAUGUCCCUAAUUCCCACCAACACUUCUAAAUUAAAACCUCUGACUCUUUGUAGGAAUAAGAGUUGAAAUGUAAGCAGGAAUAAAAGAGGGAGGAUACCUUUUCUCCACAAAGGAGAGGAAUGACAAACCAACUUAAAGCAGCAGCUGUGCCAAUCGAUGAAUUGUUAAAUAAGUCUCUGAUUCUGUUGUUAUCUGCUUUUAUAAAGCAAAGUUCUUUCUUGAUCAAGAACCCAAAUAAAUUUUUGAUGAUUGGAAAAAGUU